UUUAUUCUACUUCAUCAUAAACACGACAAUAUGGCUUCUUCUUCUUGUUCCUCAGCUAAACUAGUAAAUCCAUCUAAUCAUUUCUUUUAUAAUCCUCGCUUAAGUUCUUCUUCCUCAUCAAUUUCAUUCUCAUCCAAUCCCAACAAGAACAGCAACAACAAACAUAGAAUAAAUUGCUCUGCCUCUAAUAAUAUCUUCAACUUCCUCAAUCACUCCACUAACAUAACUAAUCCCAAUCCAUUCAACAUCUUCCAGAAAGCCGCCGCCGCAAUCCUAGACGCCGCCGAAACUACCUUGGUCGCGCAUGAGACCCAAAAACCCUUAUCAAAAACCACUGACCCACGUGUUCAAAUUGCCGGUAAUUUUGCUCCGGUGCCAGAGCAACCCGUACACAGAAACCUCCCUGUUGUCGGUCAAAUACCUGAUUCUAUUAACGGCGUCUACGUCAGAAACGGCGCUAACCCACUCUUCGAACCGGUUGCCGGUCAUCAUUUCUUCGAUGGAGACGGAAUGGUUCACGCCGUUAAGUUUGACAAAGGUUCGGCUAGCUACGCUUGUCGGUUCACUAAAACAGAACGCUUUGUUCAAGAAAAAGCAUUGGGUCGGCCGGUUUUCCCUAAGGCGAUUGGAGAAUUGCAUGGACAUUUAGGAAUCGCGCGUUUGAUGUUGUUUUACGCUAGGGGGUUAUUUGGAAUCGUUGAUCAUAGUCGCGGCUCUGGCGUUGCUAACGCUGGUUUGGUUUACUUUGACGGACGUUUACUUGCCAUGUCAGAAGAUGACAUUCCUUAUCAUGUCCAGAUUACUGACGCCGGAGACCUUAAAACCGCCGGCCGGUAUGAUUUUAACGGGAAGCUUAAAACAGCCAUGAUCGCACAUCCAAAAGUCGACCCUGUUUCCGGCGAGCUAUUUGCAUUGAGCUCUGAUGUUGUUCAGAAACCUUAUCUUAAAUACUUUAGAGUCUCACCCACCGGUGAGAAAUCACCGGACGUGGAAAUUCCCUUGCCGGAGCCGACAAUGAUGCAUGAUUUCGCCAUAACAGAGAACUUCGUAGUAAUCCCAGAUCAGAAUGUUAUUUUCAGACUACCUGAAAUGAUCCGGGACGGAUCUCCGGUUGUCUAUGAUGAUAAAAAGGUUUCUAGAUUCGGGGUUUUGGAUAAGAAAGCCGAAAAUGCAGAUCAAUUAGUUUGGAUCGACGUGCCGGAUUGUUUCUGUUUCCAUCUCUGGAACGCAUGGGAGGAAAUGGAGACCGACGAGAUUGUCGUGGUCGGAUCCUGCAUGACGCCGGCGGACUCCGUUUUCAACGAGUGCGAUGAAAGCUUGAAGAGCGUGUUAUCAGAAAUUCGGCUAAAUCUGAAGACAGGAAAAUCAACCCGGCGGCCAAUCAUGAAAGAAACCGAUCAAGUAAACCUAGAAGCGGGAAUGGUGAACAAGAAUUUACUAGGGAGAAAGAGUCAAUUCGCAUACUUGGCAAUUGCAGAGCCAUGGCCGAAAGUAUCUGGGUUUGCAAAAGUGGAUCUUUUCUCCGGCGAGGUAAAGAAGUUCAAUUACGGGGAUAACAAAUACGGCGGCGAGCCAAUGUUUGUUCCUGGUAAACUGGGUAGUGAAGAAGAUGAAGGAUAUAUAUUGGCAUUUGUUCAUAAUGAGAAGACAUGGGAAUCAGAGCUUCAAAUAGUAAACGCUAAAAGUAUGGAGCUUGAGGCUACAGUGAAUCUCCCGUCGAGAGUUCCGUAUGGAUUUCAUGGGACUUUCAUUAGCGAAAAGGAUCUAUUCUUAACCCAACGGUGAUUAUAGAUUGAUCAUAGAUAGAAAAUCAUUCAUUCUUUAUUUAAUUUGAACAAAGG